AUGCCCGUUGUUUUGGUGCRCCCGACCAAUCGGACGCGGCGGCUGGAUUCUACGGGAGCCGGGAUGGGCCCGUCGUGGCGGCAGCAGGACGCUCCCCUGCCGACCGUCACGCAUUGCGCAGGGUGCACCACCGCCCGGUCCUCCUGCGGCUUUAACGGCCCCGGCAUGGACCCGCCGCGCCACUUCCCGGCGGGCUUCGGCCCCGAGCAGCAGCAGCAGCAGCAGCAGCAACAGCAGCAGCAGCAGCGCCCGCCGGCGCCGCCGCACUGCCAGCAGCACGGCCAGGACAAGCAGAGCCUCCUCCAGCAGCAGCAGCAGAGCCCGUGCCUUCAGUGCAACAACUGCGCCUACUACGGGGCUGCUGCGGCAGCCGCCGGGGAUAACCUGCCGCUGCUGCUCCGCGCCUCCUCGCCGCUUUCGGGCGCCUUUCGGACGCACUCCUCGCCGCUGUCUUCCGCCGCCUCCUCCCGGCACGGCAGCCAGCUGAACGUCAGCGAGUUCGCCCCGUCCAGCCAUGCUGGCGCGUCCAGACAGCCUCACCAAUAUUCUCAAUACCACCAGUGCCAUAGCCUGCAGCAGCAGCAGGCAGCCAGCCCCAGCAGCAGUGUCAGCAGCAGCAGCACUCACCAUCAUCACCAUCAUCACCAUCACCACCACCAUCACCAGCAGCAGCAGCAGCGCCGGGAGAGCAACCCCUUCACCGAAAUAGCCAUGAGCAGCUGCAGGUACAACGGCGGCGUCAUGCGGCCGCUCAGCAACCUGAGCUCGUCCCGCAGGAACCUGCACGACCUGGACUCCGAGUCUCAGCCGCUCCAGGCGCCGCUCGCCAGCCCCGCCGCUGCCGCCGCCGCCGGUUCUGCCCCCGCCGCCGGCAGCCCCGCCGCCCCGGAGAUCGUGGUCUCCAAGCCCGAACACAACAAUUCCAACAACCUAGCGCUCUACAGCUCCUCCGGCCCCGGCCCCGGCACGGGCAGCACCAACAACGGCGGGGGUAAGUCCAGCAAGAAGAAGAACCAAAACAUCGGCUAUAAGCUGGGACACCGCCGGGCUCUCUUCGAGAAGCGCAAACGCCUCAGCGACUACGCGCUCAUCUUCGGCAUGUUCGGCAUCGUCGUCAUGGUCAUCGAGACCGAACUCUCCUGGGGCGCCUACACCAAGGAGUCUCUGUAUUCCCUCGCUCUGAAAUGCCUUAUUAGCCUCUCCACGAUUAUCCUGCUCGGGCUCAUCAUCGUGUACCAUGCAAGAGAAAUCCAGUUGUUCAUGGUGGACAAUGGAGCAGAUGACUGGAGAAUAGCCAUGACUUACGAGCGUAUUUUCUUUAUCUGCUUGGAAAUACUGGUGUGUGCUAUACAUCCCAUACCUGGGAAUUACACAUUCACAUGGACAGCCCGGCUUGCCUUUUCUUACGCUCCAUCCACAACAACAGCUGAUGUGGAUAUUAUUUUAUCUAUACCAAUGUUCUUAAGACUAUAUCUUAUUGCCAGAGUUAUGCUUUUGCAUAGCAAACUUUUUACUGAUGCCUCAUCUAGAAGCAUUGGAGCAUUAAAUAAGAUAAACUUCAAUACCCGUUUUGUUAUGAAGACUCUAAUGACAAUAUGUCCAGGAACUGUACUGUUGGUUUUUAGUAUCUCAUUAUGGAUAAUUGCUGCGUGGACUGUCCGAGCUUGUGAAAGAUACCAUGACCAACAGGAUGUUACUAGCAACUUCCUCGGGGCAAUGUGGUUGAUUUCAAUAACUUUUUUAUCCAUUGGAUAUGGGGAUAUGGUACCAAAUACAUACUGUGGAAAAGGAGUCUGUUUACUUACUGGAAUCAUGGGUGCUGGGUGCACUGCACUGGUGGUAGCUGUGGUGGCAAGGAAGUUAGAACUUACCAAAGCUGAAAAACAUGUGCAUAAUUUCAUGAUGGACACCCAGCUAACUAAAAGAGUGAAAAAUGCAGCGGCCAAUGUACUCAGGGAAACAUGGUUAAUUUAUAAAAACACAAAGCUGGUUAAAAAAAUAGACCAUGCAAAAGUAAGGAAACAUCAACGCAAAUUCUUGCAAGCUAUUCAUCAAUUAAGAAGUGUAAAAAUGGAACAAAGGAAACUGAAUGAUCAAGCCAACACUUUGGUGGACCUGGCAAAGACUCAAAACAUCAUGUAUGACAUGAUUUCUGACUUAAAUGAAAGAAGCGAAGAUUUUGAGAAGAGAAUUGUUACUCUGGAAACUAAACUGGAAACUUUAAUUGGUAGCAUUCAAGCUCUUCCUGGACUGAUUAGCCAGACAAUCAGCCAGCAACAGAGGGAAUUCCUCGAAGCCCAGAUACAAAAUUACGAUAAGCAUGUUGCCUACAGUGCUGAAAGAUCACGAUCUUUGUCAAGAAGAAGGAGAUCAUCCUCCACAGCACCACCAACUUCAUCUGAGAGUAGCUAGAAGAGAAUAAGUUAACCACAAAAUAAAGACUCUUUGCCAUCAUAUGGUCAAUAUUUUAGCUUUUAUUGUAAAGCCCUAUGGUUCUAGCCAGCGUUAUCUGGGUUCUGAUGUCAGAAUUCUGGAAACCUGAACACAUUUUAGGCCAAAAUGAGUGAAAACUCUUCUUUUUUCCCCCCUCCUCCUCUCAGAUGCACAGUGAAUGCACCUAUUAUUGCUGUAUUAGAUUGUUCUUCCUGUAAUUUCACUUUUUAUUCAUGCACUUCAAACAAGCUUUACUACUACAAAACAUAAUCUAAUAUAAUMAAAAGGUAAAUUUCUGCACAUAGUUGCUUGAUUACUUGGACCUAACAAUCAAAAAAAAAAAGAUCACAAUCAAAAAACCUAAUUAUGAACYUUUAAGAAACUAAAUUGAAGCUUAAUAAUUAUUUCUCAGUAUCAAAGCUAACUGUCUAAACUUUGCUUGCAGUGGAGGGGGAAAAAAAAAUCAAUAUUAAUCUAACAGUGUGCUGUAUAUGUAUAGUCAUUUUAAAAGGUCACAGGCAGCUUUGAUUUCUGAAGUGAUUAAUUAAAAAUAUAGUUUAUCCUAGAAAAUAAGUCUCAGUGUAAGCUAUGGGUUUUUAAAAUAUUUGUAGGGCUUUUAUUUGACAUGCAUUGGUACACAUACACACACACACACACACACACACACAGACACAUAGAUAAUAUAUAUAUACAUAUGUAUUUAUGUAUAUAAAAUUAUUUAUGAAAUACCCAUGGCAAUGAUCUUUUAAACUGACUAUUUGUUAAGCUACUGGCAUGCAAAAAGCACAGGCAAAGUCCUGUUUACUUAUUCAGAAUCUUGUAACUAUGCCAGGUAAGUUUGUCCCGAACAAAAGUAUCACUUUCAAGCCAGAAGUCUCCUAAUAAUGCUAUUUGGGUUUUGAAAGUGUUGGGUUGUUACUUUCUCCACUGCCUUCCUUGUGGUUCUGGAGUGAGUGACUGACCCACAGACUUACAGUAUACACGGUUGUGUGGUGGCAGCACAGUGUUCUGUAUACAUCAUGUUUGGGUAAUCCCCRUGGUUCCUGCUAUGCAGUCAAGCUUAGCAAAACACUUCCAGCAAUAUUUCCAAAAACUCCUGUAAAAAGCCAGCUGUAGACUGGAGUUACAGCAGUAGAGUAAUAUAGUAAUUUAUUUUCAUGCAUAAAGAAAUGUCU